AUUACAUUAACGUAUGGGCUUCCUGGAAUCUGGAGUGCCUUGUGUAAUAUCCCUCUACUCCUCCCCUCCAGUCUUUACAUUUUCCAGUCCUGUACAAAAGUACUUGUACCAUAAGCAUUUACAAACCACAGCGAUCAGACAAGACAAAGGGAACCUGCCAUUUCCCCUACCACCAUGAACCUGCACUUCAUAUUUGACAGCUUUGAUUUUAAAAGCUGGAUCAUUUUAUUUUUUGUAUUUCUGCUCAUUGCUGAUAUGAUCAAAAAUAGGAAUCCGCCCAAUUUCCCCCCAGGACCCUGGCCUCUGCCAUUCCUGGGAACUGUUUUCACUAAGAUGGAUUUUAGGACCAUGCAUAAGUUGGCUGAAGUCUACGGGAAGGUGUUCAGCCUAAGAGUGGGGAGUAAGAAACUGGUAAUCAUAUCUGGAUAUAAAAAUGUAAAGGAAGCCCUCAUUACUCAGAACGACAGUUUCAUUGAACGUCCAAAUCUCCCACUGUUUCAUAAAGUUUUUAAGGGAAUUGGUUUAACAAUGAGUAAUGGAUACGUGUGGCGGAUGCAUAGGAGGUUUGCUGCCUUCCAUUUGCGGACCUUUGGAGAGGGGAAGAAAGUCCUUGAGCACAGCAUCCAGCAAGAGUGUGUCUACCUUUGUGAAGCUUUUAGGGAAGAAAAGGGACCUUUCAACCCUAUGGCCAUCUUACAUGGUGCCGUCUCAAAUACCGUUGCAUGUUUGACAUUUGGACAACGCUUUGACUAUCACGAUGAAUGUUACCAAAGAAUUCUGCAUCUUGACAAUGAAUGUGUUCAGUUACAAGGUUCUCCAAGAGCACAGCUGUAUAAUGUGUGCCCUCGGCUCUUGGAAUAUUUACCUGGCCCCCACCAGACCAUGUUUUCCAACUAUAUUAAGAUAAAAGACUUCCUGAGAGGAGAAAUCAUUAAACACAGAGAGGACUGGGACCCUUCAAACCCUCGUGACCUUAUAGACAGCUACCUGACUGAGAUGGAUAAGAAAAAGAGUGACCCUGAGGCUGGUUUUAACAUAGAAGGGUUAGUGAUAUCUUGCCUAGACAUGAUUGAGGCGGGGACAGAGACCAGUGCUACUACAUUACGCUGGGGUCUGCUUUUUAUGAUCAAAUUUCCAGAAAUACAGGAAAAGGUCCAGGCAGAGAUAGACAAGGUGAUUGGACAGUCGCGUCAACCCUGCUUGGCUGACAGAGUUAAUAUGCCCUACACUGAUGCUGUUAUCCAUGAGAUUCAAAGAUUUGGGGAUGUUGUUCCACUGGGAAUCCCUAGACAAGCUGCUAAAGACACAACACUAGCAGGGUACUUCAUUCCUAAGGGCACCUUUAUUACAACAACCUUAUCUUCAGUCCUGCAUGAUCCAAAUGAAUGGAAAACCCCAGACACCUUUAACCCAGGACACUUCCUGGAUGAAAAUGGACAGUUUCGGAAGAGAGAUGCCUUCAUGCCAUUUUCAGCAGGCAAGAGAGCGUGUGUGGGAGAGCAACUGGCUCGUAAUGUGCUCUUCCUGUUCUUCACCUCCAUGCUGCAGCAAUUCACCAUCUCCAAAUGUCCAGGAGAGGAACCCAGUUUGGAGGGCGAGAUAUGGUUCACAUAUGCUCCUGCUCCCUUCCGCAUUUGUGUGUCCUUACGUUAGAACAAAACAAUGUCAUUAAAAUCAGACAUAAAGUAUGUGUUUCUGGCUGAACAUCAACCGUAAUUAUACAACUUAGUUAUACUUUAUGCUAUAAUCUCCAGAUUUUAUUUUUAGCGUAAACAGUAGAGAAUUGUACUAGCAAUGUCAAGGUCAUGGGUUCCAUUCCCAGGAAAUGCAUGAACUGAUAACGUGUAUACCUUAGUCUCUUUAGAUGAAAGCAUUUGCCAAAUACAUAAAUGUCAAAUGUUGUAUAGUAGACUUGUUUUUGAUGUAUAAAUGUUCAUGUAUCAAUACAUGUAUUAAUGCACUGUGUAAAUGAUUUACAGAAGUGUCAUGUGAAUAAACUGCACCUGAGUUGAA